AUGGCUCUCCUUAACCCAACCUUCUUCUUCGGCUGCCUAGUCCUCCUGUACCUGUCGUCCUUCGUCUUCCUCGCCGUCCUCCGAAUCCUUACUGGUGUAUCGAUCCAACGAAUAGGCUACCUGUCCUUGCGCCGAAUAGCAUGGACACCACGAGAUGGAUGCAGAAUAGAAAUCAGGGGCCUUGGCAUCCACGUCCACCGCCCAACAUUUGCCCAGCCAACAUGGUGCAGCGUUGUCUUGAGUGAACUCGUCGUAACGAUAGAUAUCAAUGAGCUGGAAGGAAAUAAGCCCGUUGAAUUGGAUCCCGAGGGCAGUGAUUCCGAAGUCGCGAAAGAUAAGAAAUCCGAUGCCAAAACCACAGCCCGACAAAAACCACAAUUGCCACGACGAGCGACGAGCACAGUGGUUCGAAGCGAGACAUGGAAGAAGCUUACACGCAUAAAAGAUCAGAUCAAGCGGCUUCAUAGCAACAUAAGCUGGCUAAAGCUCGUCGAUGUGGUCGCGACUAACUCAGCUGUCAACAUUGUCGAUGUUGGCAAUGUCCAAGUUGGAAGCUUCACCCUCGCGGUCGAUACACGCCGCAAGAUGGUCGACCGCGUACGCUUCUUUGCUCGAUUGGCCGAUCGCCAUGGCAAAGACCAACAAGCGGAAUGGACUGCUUCGUUACGUAGCGUACUUUUCACGGCUGAAGGCCAUGAAUCUAUGGAAAUUCUCGAUCAGCUUUUCAUCAAUGUCCACGGGCAUUUGUACAAGUCCAUGGAGGGUCUGCGUGAAGCUGCUGUGGCUAUCAAGAUGGGACGAUUGCACAUCCCAUUUGACGACUUACAAACAUGCGUGAGCCGGCUAAAGCAACGCCGGGCUGAGGUCAAGACACCUGGCGCUGAUGAGGAACCCGUUGAUAUAUUCUUGAGCAACAUUGCCCAGGAAAUCGACGAGCCAGGAACAACAAGCGAAGACUUAAUGAGGACGGUUUCCGACUCUAAAGAGUUUUUCAGUUCCAUUCUAAGAGGCAUCAAGGAGAUUCAGUUCGCAGUGAGUUUCUUGGGCAUGAGCAAAAAGGUCCAGUCUAUCAAGCCUGGGUCAACGCCGAUCCAAUUGAACGCCGCGAUGAAGGAGGUUGGCAUAGAUCUGCACAGAUUGGAUUCAAAGUCGCCAGCUCACAGGAUGUAUUUUCCCGCCGAAGCUAUUGCACACGAGGCCCUUGCUGCUGCUUUAUCUAUAUCAGUUGGCUUGGACGACGGCCACGGCCAACCCGAACGCCUUCUCUAUAUCCCCAUGGCUACAACAACGAUAAAGACGACACUGCUCUCCAAGACAGUUGAGGUUUCGCGGGCCAGCACAGUGGACGAAAGAAAUGCCAACAUUAUGUUUGCUAACUCUGUAGUCACCUCUCCUUCGGUAGAUUUGGAUCCCCGUCAUCUGCCAGUGCUAAUUGCCCUCUUCAAAUCGAAACCGAAGGCACCGAAAGCGCAGAAUGAUAACCACCAUCUUAUUUCCCGCCUUCUUCCGAAAGCCAAUUACAAAUUUUCCAUGCACGAGCCUGUUGUUCGUAUAAAGCUCCAGCCUCUGCAAAAAGCAGAGGACCCGGACGAUUUCGAUCUUAUAAUUUCAUCAAUCUCCUCGAUUUCGCUCGAUGUGGAGUCUUCUCAUAGUGUCAUGGCCGAAAUGCACUAUUCUCUUGAUGGUUCAUUCCGACUUCAGUCACACGAUCUCUACUACCAAACCAAUCAUGGCGAACGGUUCAACCUUGUUACAACAGAGUCACUCGAUAUGAAGCUCAAUCUCGGUGCUCGACCGGAUGUCUAUGUCGAUGUGUCUGGCAAUCUUCAGUCCUGCUCCAUCAGUAUGGUGAGACCCGAGAUUACUGACGGUCUUCGCCAGAUCGUCCAGGAGUUGCGUAUCGACGUGGAAGCAGAAAAAGGUCCCGUUUCUCGAUCCAAGGGCGGUCAAAACUUCCUGCGGUCUAUGCCCAACUGGCUAUUGAGGGCCCAGUUCAAUGCGGCCGAUUUCAACGUGGAGAUCGCAGGAAUCGACGAGGAGAUAUCUGACGAUACCCGUGGAGUCUUUUUACACUGGGACACGGUUUCAACCGAAUAUCGAGCUCAUCGUCUUGAUGGACUUCAACGACGGACUUCUAGAAGACGGGCCAACAGUCGUUCCAUCAACCAAUCCGAUUCGGACUGGACUCCUCCUCAAAAUUCUCCCCGAAUCAAGAAAAAAUCACAAAAUACUGGUGAUGGGAGGAAGCUCACCCUCUUUGCUAGCGGCAUUGAAGCACAGAUCAUGGACGCUGUUGAUACACUUGAGCCCGAGGCCUUUCUUAGCGUACCGAGACUUGAGCUUUCGCUCGGCGCGUCAAGCGAUGCAAGUGGCCCAACGUUUAACAUUCAAGUGGGCGUUCGUACCAUUCGCGCCAAGUAUUCGCUCUACCGGCACUACGCUGUUGGUGUUGCUGUCAUGACACUACGAAAAGCAUUCAUGCGAACGGGUCGCGAUGCUCCACGGCCAAAGCAGCAGGGAAGCUAUGUCGAUCUGGUCCCUGGUGCGAACCGACUGGCUCCUCCUGGAACUCCGGAUCUAGAUCCCGGACUGACAACUAUUACCCCUGAAUUAGUCACUCUUGACUUCAAAGCAGCCCUCGUGCAACUCAAAGCUGAUAUGCCUCAUGACCCAGCCAUGAUGCUACACAUGUAUGGCCUGGAGCUCGGCCGGCAGAGAUGGUCUACUCCAUACAUUUCGGCCAAACUUGUGCGGCUGUACACAGAGCCACCACGCAUGCGUAAUGUCUGGGCUCGUUUACUCAGCAUCAAGGCAGGGCGUCUUGACUUUAGAGAGUCUCGCCGAAAGACACCUACCGGAAGUGUCAUUGACGAGAAGAUGGUUGACAUAGUGACUGAAGCUGUACGCAUUGCUGUACCGCACGAGGUCAUCUUGAGUCGUGUAACCGAUAAUUUCACUAAUGUGAUCAAAGCAGUGCAGCAGCUCCACCAUCGUUUCAGAACAGGUACUAACGAGUACAUCCUCGAGAAGAAACCGGAGGGGCCAAAGUCGGUUCCCAAAGUAUCUAUUCGUACCCGCAACUUUCUGUUCGAGCUUGAAGAUGGUGGCUUCGAAUGGAAACUGGGCAUGAUUUAUCGCACUGGUCUUAUUGAACAAACGCAACGAAUUGCUCGUGAAAACGCCUUCAAAGUCAAACUUAAGAAAGUGCGCGAAGAUGAAAUCCGUAAGGGAACAAGCAAGUUCCGCUCGCGAUCGACCUUCCCACGAGGCCGACCUGAGAUGGCCGAGUCUCCAGGCAGCAGAAGCAGAAGUGUGGAUGAUCUUGAGGCAAGAGACGUACGGUCAAACACUCAGCAUGGAAGAAUUCCCAGAUACAACCCCAACACUGACUCCCUUCACCUCAAUGGUGUUUCCAAAGUUACUGAGCACUAUGCCCGGAGUCAUCUUGAUAUGUUCAAUGCUCAAAGUUGGAAGAAACGAAUCGACCGUGCUUAUCAGAUUUCUCAAGAUAGCAUGAAGGAGUCUCGCGGCCAGUUCUGGGGGCCUAACCAAGUGCCAGAAGACGUUGAAGAGGCUGAGAAUCUGCUGGAAGUACCACCGAGACCAGCUCUAAUGGCUGCUGUUAUUAGUGACCUGCACUUCAUGAUCGACAAACCUACCUUCCCCAUGAAAGACUUGCCAGACUUCCUCCACAAAAUUGGCAAAGGCAUGCCAAAGGAUAUGCAGUAUAGUCUACUGGUUCCGAUGCAUGUCAGCAUUGCCAUGGGAGAGGCCAAGGUGACGCUGCGAGACUACCCAUUGCCGCUUGUACACAUCCCUCCAAUGAAAUACGGGCAGUCAGCGAAAAUCCAGGCUGUGUCUGUCAAGGCAAACUUUGUCAUUGCUGAAGAGUUCAGAGGUAUCGAGUCGACCCGCCGUGUUAGAGUUAACGUUGUGCCUCCAAGAAAUUCUUUGCCGGGGUCUUCCAAUGAAGGCAGUUUCGCGAUCGAAGUCAGACGUACUAUUGGACCUGUUAAGUCAUACUCCGAUGUGUACAUGGACGUCAACAGUGCUUUGCCCACACGCAUCACAUGGGGUCCUUGUUAUCAACCCGCUAUCCAAGACAUGAUGAUGGUCAUUGAAUCGUUUACAAAACCUCAAUUUGAUCCAUCUGAACGUGUUGGUUUCUGGGAUAAGCUUCGACUCAACUUCCACUCUAGGAUACACGCAUCUUGGAAGGGCGAUGGAGACGUGCAUCUUGCCCUCAAGGGUACACGCAAUCCAUAUGCAAUGACUGGCAAUGGAGCCGGCUUUCUCAUGUGCUGGCGCAACGAUAUCCGAUGGAACAUCAACGCAGACGAUGACCCGAAGGGUUUCAUCUCAGUCGAAAGUGGUGAAUACAUUCUUGCAGUACCUGACUAUAGCCAUGAGGUUCGGGAGCAAGCUCGGCGACAAUAUGAUUUCGACAGCUAUCUACCUGAAGACAACUACAAGUCUGAGGCAAGUUUCAAGAAGGUUGUUAUGAAAUUGUCUGGCAAAGUCAAAGUUAUGGCUGGCCUUAUCUUUGAGCGUGCUAUUGAAGAUGGCGUCCGAAGCUUUGAGUUUCGGCCUCAUUACGACAUUGUUCUCAAGAAUCCACAUUUCGCCAAACCUGAUGCAAGCGGUCUUCCCUAUGAUGCGCUGCGUGGUUUCAGGAGUCGACACAUCCAUCUUUCUAUUGCCAUUCAUGCACCAGCCGAUCGCGAUUGGCUUUCUGAUAACCCGGAACCUUCCCGAAGCUACAAUACAAUUCACCUUACCCCGAGAUUCUUCACCCACUUUUUCAACUGGUGGGGUUUGUUUGGACAGCCACUCUCAUUGCCAAUCCGUCAGGGUAGUCUCUUUCCAGGCCGUGAGAAGAACAGCAAGAAAUUUGGUCGGCAUUUGGCCACUGUUAAGUACAAUAUCUUGCUUGCGCCGCUAUUUCUUAGCCAUAUAUACAAGCACAAGGACGUUGAAGACCAUUCGGAAAAUGCAGUUUCUGCGACCGGUCUAAAGGUUCGAUUUGAUAGCUUCUCGCUCGACCUCCAUCAGCGCCGAGAGGAGUUCAACACCCUCGGUAAAGGUAAACACGGUGACAAUGCGAGCAAAACUUCAGGUAUCAAAAUCCAUGCUGCUCAGCUUGACCUUGUUAGUGCCGACGUCCGGGCAGUGUCAGCAAGCUUGAAGGGUACCACCACGGAGGCUAUCAAGAAGGGAUCCAUGGCGACCAUGGUUCGCGAAAGUGAUGAGAAACCCGAUUUAUCGCGCUUUACCAUCCCUGACAAUGACUUCAGUUGGAUUGACAUGGAUGAUUUUGUCGAGAUCGAUUGGAUAACGCCGACUGAACCUCAUCCCGACACCAAGAUCUUGCCGCUUGCCUACGCUCCUCGCCUGACAUACUUCCGACAAACAGAUAUUGGUGGAGUCAUUGCCGGUGACCCAACGCGUACCAGUCCCUUCGGAAACGAACCCACACAUUUCUGCGUAAUGAGACAUGACGAUGAUCCACGCCGAAUCCAGGGUUCUCUUAUCCAAGACCGUCUUGAACAGUUGGCCAUGCAAAUGGAAAAUCACGACCGCGAUAUGGGCGAAGCAGAGCUGAGGGUUAUCAGAACUGAUGGACAAGACCGUGUUCUUGUGGAAGAGUUCAAGGCUUUUCAGAGACACACGGAAGUAUUGCAAGAGAAGAAGGAGUUUCUGGAGUCCAUGCUUAAUCAAGCCAAAAUUCGAGCCCCUUCCAGCACUCACAGAGCUAGUGGUGAGGGACGCAGGCAAUCCGUCGAGUCCGCAAUCCCUUUUCAAGAUGAGACCAUGGAAAUUCCAGCGACGAGCGAGUUCGAAAGCGAGUUCAGCAACCGGUUCGUCAUCCACAACUUGCAACUCAAGUGGAACAAUACUCUACGAAACAUUGUACUUCGCUAUCUUCACCAAAACAGCCAGAGACGUGGUUUCACAUACUAUCUCUCUCGGCCCGCUAUCAAGUUCAUUCUAGAUAUUGUUGAGGAGCAGAACAAAGCCAAAUCGCAAACUAAGCCAGGCAAGGCUAAGUCUACGCACAGCCGUCAAGAUGGCAGAAGAGGCUCUCGCGCAUCCAGUAUGAAGGGUGAUGAGGACCCUAUCGAUCUUGAGGAGCGUAUCAAGCGCAUCCUUAACGAUGGAAGAAAAUUCACGUCGGCAACAUGGAGUACUAAUCCAGACGGCGCUGUAGAGGGAUCUAUUGAAGACUUGGUAGGUGGCAUUGCUGACGAGUUCACUCCUCAGAGCAGCUACCACAUUCGCAUUAUUGCACCGCAGAUUCAACUCCAAAGUGACAAGAACAAGAAGAAUGUGGUUCUGGCGACUGCCAAGGGGAUGGAGUUAAAGGUGAUGGAAGUCAUGGAGAAGGAGAGAAUAUCUGAUAACGUCAGUGGUCUCGUCCAACGCCGAUUCUUGGUCAACAUGGACAGUGUCCAGUUCUUUGUCACACAUCGCAAGUGGUUCCAAACCAGCCCUGUUUCGAUGUAUGUGGGAAGCAAAUACGGUGCGCCGAGCGGUUCGUCUUUCCCACCAUGGGUUCCUAUCGAAGUCGUGUUCGACUUCCAGGCGGAUCCCUUUGGUUUCAAGCGCGUUGUACAGAAAACCUCGGCCAUGGUUCGAUAUGACAAGUACAAUACUCUGCGUCUGAAGUACAACGACGAGGUCAACACCGAUGGCAAUGAAGGUUCUUCUGAAGACAACGCGGAGACCCGCAUGGACAAUCUUUGGGUCGAAUUCCCAACGGCCAGAGCCCUCUGCAACUCAUCGCAGUACUACGCUCUGUACGUCAUCGUGUUGGAUCUUCUCAUGUACAACGAGCCCAUGGAGAAGACACGAAAUGAGCGCCUGGAAAAGAUUAUCCUCGCGUCUGAUUUUAGCGACUUGAGCGGCACUCCUGCCAUGGUUCAGAAACUACAACAACGUAUCCGGCAGAUGGAAGAGAUCAAGGACCAUUUCCAGAUCUAUGCAAAGUAUCUUGACAAGAAGGGCUGGGAAGAUCGGUUGCGACUUGAAAACGAUCUUGCGGCUUGCGAGGACGAGUUGUUUUUCAUGAUGAAAGCCAUCACCUCCUCUCAGAGAAAGUUUGACGUCAACUCGGAUGAUAGCACCGGUUUACUUAAGUGGAACAUCACGAUACGAGACAUUGUUUGGCACCUUAUGCAAGACUCGAAUGAGCCUUUGGUAGAGUUACAACUCAAAGAUCUUGAGUAUGAUCGAACGGACAACUCCGAUGGUUCCCAUGUCAACCUUAUUCGAGUCGGAAAGGUUCUUGGUCUGAACUUGUUGCCUGAUGCCACAUACCCUGAGAUGAUAGCACCGUAUAUCGACCCCGAAAGACCAUACCAGCAGGACGGUGAGCACAAGGAGAUGAUUCGGGUUUACUGGCACAUGCUGGAGGCCAUUGCAGGCAUUCCCGUGAUGGAUCGAUUCGAAGUCAACCUGUUCCCCAUCAAAGUGCAACUUGAGCAUGAGGUCGGAAAGCGCCUUUUCGAGUAUAUUUUCCCUGGUAUCAAUGGAGAGAAGUCAGCUGGUGCCAAGAACGACUCGCCAUUCAUGUUAAAGCAGGUCACGGCCGAUGGAGAGGACGAUGAAGAAUAUGACGACGAAAACGGUGGCGCAACACCUUCCUACUCGGGUAGACAUUCAUCUUCGUCAUCCUUUUCAACUGGUUCGGGUUCUCUUGAACUCCGAUUGCGACCUACCUUGACAUCAAACACCAAAGCUGAAGCACCCCCAGGCAAGGGUCUGCGUGUCAACACAGGCAACGAAGGCCAUUCCUUCCGUCUUUUCCGUGCUCCUGGAACAUCCAAGACUAUUCUCAAGAAAGCGUCCCAUGAGUCACUCCGCUCUAAUAUGGGCCCGCGAGUUGGUUUGACGCGUGCAUCAACAAGCCGUUCUUCUCGAGAAGACCGGGAAUCAAGAGAAAAUGACAAGAGGUCGAGAUUUGGACUUGGAAAGCGACACAACAAUGACAAACCGCCUUCGGAUGAUCUCACCAAGAUGAUGACACGUGCAAGCCAUUUCAUGACCUUUGCUUCUAUCAAGAUGCCGUCGGUUGUUCUUUGCCUGAGUUACCGGGGUAAAGAUAAUCGCAACAUUGAGGAUGUGCACGAUUUUGUCUUCAGGAUGCCAAGCAUUGAGUGGGAGAACAAGACAUGGUCCAACUUGGAUCUGGCCUUGGCUCUCAAGAAGGCAGUAGUCAAAGCGUUGAUUUCUCACACGGGUGCUCUUAUUGGCAACAAGUUCUCGAAACAUCGACCCAAUGCGGAACAACGAGACAAGCUGCGAGUGUUGGCUAACAGCUCAGUCCUCAUCGCACCAUCGUCUUCGGGCGGUUCCCAGCACCACCCUGGUAGUAUAAACGACAGUGACGAUUCCAGCAUGUAUGGCGUAUCUCCUGUCGACUUCUCUCGAUCCCCUCCUCGCAGUAUUCGAGCACCAAGCACGCACGGCAGUGUACGUCCAGGGUCAGCGAUGCGACGCCGCAGUCGAAGUUCAAGCGUAAAGAGCCGAUUAUCACAUCGAAACGGUGGCGCAGCUCCAGCCCCUCUUGCUCACCAUGGUCCCCAUGUUCCAGCUUUCUUGAUGAUGACGCCCCCAACACCUAUUGACGAUCCUCGUGGUGACCGACAACACCACUUUGGCCCCGAACUUUUACGGCCAAGUACAGCAAGCCCACAAAUGCAAGGCACAACCUCGAGCAACUCUUAUGCUAGCAGCACUCACAGCACUAGCCCCCAGAGCAGCAUUCCGGUACCCGCCGGGCAACACCCCAGGCCUGGGUUUAAAAGAAUCCCGACUGGGAUAGAACGCCCUACUUCAAGUAUGAGCAAUCAUGAUUCCAGUGGAUCUGGUGUACGCCGGAAGAACGGCGCAAGCAAUCUAAAGGACAAGCUUAGUGCGUUCACACACCGUAUCGGCAAUCGAGAGAGUAGUCAGUCACAGCAAGAAGAUGAUUCGGAGACAGUUGAUGAAUCACAAUCCCCUACACCUUCGGGUCCAAAAAGUAGAUCGAGGCGAUCAUCAAGUCAUACAGGAUCACGACUUGGCUGGACACCCAAUAGGAUGAAGACAGGUUGA